AUGACGAGACCCGAGAUUAUUCGAGCUGACUCGAUCGACCUCCAAGACGCCGAUGCGCCCUCCGCCAAAGACCAUACGCGCACCGAAGCCAGCGAAUCCUCCUCCUCCACCUCCCUCGGCGCCCACCAGGCCGAAACGUUGCGCGAAGUCGCCCAAGAAACCGCCGCCGAGAACAGCCGCAGUCCCAGAAUCUCCUGGACCAACGGCAACCCCGAUCAGCAGAGCUACGACGCCGACGACCUGGUCGCCAGCGUCAACAACAAGCUCGCCGACACGAGCGCCGCCAAGACCAUGCAGGCGCAACAGCACCCGUCCUCCUCCCAGGACAGCCUGGCCGUCGCGCAAAAUGGCGGUCUUUCCACCGACGAGAGCGAUGCCGACGGCGACACGGACGAGAGCAUGGACGACGACAUGAUGGACAAGAUUUCGAGCUCCCCCUCGAUCGAAGAUGAGGAGCCCGGUGUCCCCUGCUCCCCCGCUCCCCUCGAGAACGAACCGAGGUCUUCCUCGCCGUACCUCGAGAUCCCGACCUACAUGCCCAUACAAGUGUCCCGGAACCAGAGCAAGAAAUCUGGCGGCCCCUCCCCUACCGGCCCUCCUACCGGCCCUCCUACCGGCCCCCCUCCUACCGAGCCCCCUCCUACCGAGCCCUUUCCCACUGCACCCAAGUCGCCGGACCUGAAGCCGACCGACGCCAAACACGACUGCGCCGAGCUGGGGGCAUAUAUUCACGACGAAUACGACGACCAUGCGUACGACUUUGAGCAUGAAAUCUUCUUUGACGAGCCCGGCGACGCGGAUCAUCCCGAGGCGCAUGGCGACAUGCUUGCCGUCGAUGCCAUGGGCGCCCACAGCCCUCCGUUGCUUGUUCGACCGCUGGAUAUUAGGAAGGCGACCAAAUCAGUUCGAUUUGCUGCAUGCAAAGAGAACAAGAAUGUUUUCGCUCCCCUAGGAGCUACGUACGAAACGUCAGACGACACGCCUGCCAUGAUCCCCUACGAAGCGACCGAAGAUGAUGAUGACGACGACUUCCCUUUUCCCUCAGACCCACGUUACAUUGAUUCUGGCUGGAACCCUGAAAGCUUACACGAUACAGAGGAUAUUGAUUUUGACUUUGUCUAUGCGCUUCACACUUUUGUCGCUACAGUGGAAGGUCAAGCCAAUGCCACCAAGGGCGAUACCAUGGUGCUACUCGACGACAGCAACAGCUACUGGUGGCUGGUACGCGUAGCUAAGGAUAACAGCAUCGGAUACCUACCGGCCGAGCACAUUGAGACGCCCACCGAAAGGUUAGCGCGCUUGAACAAGCACCGGAACAUUGACCUGUCAGCCACGAUGCUGGGCGACCAAGCGGGCAAGGAGUCUAAGAGCACCUUCCGCAGCGCGCUCCGUGGCAAGAAGAAGAAGACGGUCGUCUUUGCCGAGCCGACCUACGUCGACUACUCUGACUUUGCCGAUUUCUCAUCCGAUGACGAGGAGGCCGAGGAGCUCCUCAACACGCAGCAGGAUGGCGCUCGACAAGAACAAAAGGCCGCGGCAACAGAGCAGGCGCAGAAGGCUGCUUCUGACGAUUCCAUUGACGAGACGGCGAAGGUCGAGCCUCUCAAGCCCAGGGCACCGAAGGAGGUCAAACUUGCCGAACCAGUCAUCAAGGAGGUGGUCGACGAGGACGAGACGCGGCGCAGCAGCGAACAGUUCUUCGAGCCCAAGCCCGAGGGUCCCAGCAGGUCGAGGAACGGCACGGUCCGCAACACCGACUCUUUCUUUAAGGACGAGACAGUCGAGACGAAGAAGAUUACUCUGACGCCCAACCUGCUGCGCGACGACACGGCGCCGAGAUCCUCCAACGAUUCCAAGGAGCUCAAGCAGCGGGCUAGUCUUGACAAGAUGGAGAAGCUGGAGAGGGAGCUGCAACCGGACAAGAAGGACGACAAGAAGAAGAAGGAGAAGAAGCCCAGCGCCAUUCGCAGCUUCUUCUCGCGGAAGGACAAGAAGAAGGCGAGCAACGACGACGAUGACGACUCGCUCGGCAAGCGGUCGAUGGACACGGUCAACGAGGACCACGACGACGAAAGCGUCCAAGACUCGCCGCAGAGGGGCGGUCCUCAGAGGCAUCCGAGCAAGCUGCAGAAGCCACAGCCCCGCGGCGAGCCCUCGCCGACGCGCAAACCCGGAUCGGCGCCCCAGAAAAGCUCGACCCGCGAACUUGCCGAGUACAUUGCGUCGGAGGGCAGGACAAAUGACGUAUCCAAUGUGCCACCGGCGUCUGCGUCGAUGCGCAUCGUUCAGGAGCAGGAUGCCGCCGAGACGUCGCUCGCUACCACCAUGUCCAGCUCCAGCCGGGACCGCUCGCCCGAACUCGCACGCUCGGCAUCGCAGCAGAAGGAGGAGAGGUCGGGCCUUGCGAAGAUCAAGCUGUCCCGGUCAGGGUCAGGAAGCAACGACAAGGGCACCAAGGUUGAGAAGCCGCAGAAGGUUACCAAGGCGAAAGCCCGCGUGGAGCUUGAUGACUUUGAUUCACCCGAUGAGGAGGUCGUCUCGUCACCCGUCGAGCCGUCGCAGCAGCAUCAGGUACAGCAGCAACAAGCGCAAGAGGCCAAGACGGAGGACAAGCAACUGCGACCAACCCUGCCGGGAGCGUUCCCCGACAGCUACCUCAGCACACAGACAACGUCGAGCGCCCAGUCGGACAAGACGAUCACGCCGGGAGACGUGUCGACAGCCGCAAAGCCCAGCGACCGCCUCUCCGAAUCACCCGUCGAGGUUUCGCCCAUGGGCGCCAGCAACCCGCCUGCGCUCAUGGUCGACACGUCCAGCGGCCACUCGUCCGACUCGCCGUCACCCGAGCUCAUCGAAGCCGACGAGUCCACGCGGCGCCACGCGGCCCAGGACUCCAUGACCACCAGCUCGAGCUCGGCAGGCGGUAGCCAGACCAGCAACUCGUGGAACGAUGCCAAGCUGCGGGCCUUCUUCGACUCGAGCUCGGACAUCCGGGAUAUGCUCGUCGUUGUAUACGACAAGAGCGAUGUCGUUCCGGCGGGGCCGGAGCACCCCGUCGUCGGACCCUUGUUCCGGGAACAGAAUGCCAAGCUGGCGGAGAUUACGACGGUGAGUUGUUGA